UCGUGCGCCACCUCUCGCCAUAAAGGCGGUAGUAAUAGGUGGGUCUCUUGUCAAGCAUGAGUAUACGCUGCAGUGCGGACAAAAACCGAGAAGUGGGAUGGAUCGAGAGCCUUGGCGUUGGAGAGCAUAUAGCCGUAUUUUAAACCGAUACUUCAAUUAGUAAGAGAAGGCAUUGUAUCGGAAUAGUUUAUCGGAAUUGGACCCACGGCUUACCUGGAUUUUAGUCGUCGACAAUGUAUUUUAAUUGUGCAUUCAUGCAAAGCAUACACCUGUACACUGCAGUUUGUAAUCAUCGGAAUCCGCUUGCGUGACACGUUUAUUGUCGAAGAAAUUGGAUCUUAUUCUAAUUUAAACAACUUGACAAACUAAUGUAGAAAAAUACAAAAAUAAAAUGUGUGUGUUAGGCCAAUACACAAUGUAAGAAAAUCAUAUGUUUGAUUGAAUUUAUUGUAGGUUUUGCUUGGGAUAUAAUUGCCUGCUAAAUGCAAAGGAGUACGGUUCAGUUUUUAGCGUCGGACAUCGGAGUAGAUGUUUAUAUGGACCUUUCUCGCAAUGGAUUUGGUCUUACUUGGGGAAAUUAUGCUAUUAUUGAGUGUAUAGCUGUAGCAGUAGGGCUACUGUUUGUCAGAAGUCUUCUGCCACCUUAAAAUCCCAAAUGAAGAUUCCAAAAAGACGGAAAAGACUAACGUGCCGUCUCUGCGCCAGAUAAAUGGCUCAUUUAAGUUGGGAGCUGCCCGCGUUCUGUCGGGCUGGCAGAUUCAGUGCCUAGUGCCAGGCCUCCAGGACCACGCCAACAUGAAUGGGGCUGGGGAGACGGCAGACAUCCUGCCGCCUAACUGCAUGGUCAAGGACCGAUGGAAAGUGCUGAAGAAAAUCGGAGGGGGAGGUUUUGGGGAGAUCUACGAAGCUCUGGACCUGUUGACUCGGGAGAACGUGGCAUUGAAGGUGGAGUCAGCCCAGCAGCCCAAACAGGUCCUGAAGAUGGAGGUGGCAGUCCUGAAGAAACUGCAGGGUAAAAACCAUGUUUGCAAGUUUAUUGGCUGCGGGAGAAAUGACAAAUUCAACUACGUGGUCAUGCAACUUCAGCAGGGACGCAAUUUGGCAGACUUGCGGAGGAGCCAGCCUCGGGGGACUUUCACCAUGAGCACCACACUCCGCCUGGGGAAACAGAUCCUGGAGUCUAUAGAGACCAUCCACUCUGUUGGCUUCUUGCAUAGAGAUAUCAAACCGUCAAACUUCGCCAUGGGAAGGCUGCCUUCAACCUUAAGGAAGUGUUACAUGUUAGACUUCGGCCUCGCGCGGCAGUACACCAAUACCACUGGAGAAGUCCGCCCUCCGAGAACAGUUGCAGGUUUUCGAGGAACUGUCCGAUAUGCCUCAAUCAACGCACAUAAAAACAAAGAAAUGGGCCGCCAUGAUGACCUAUGGUCUUUAUUUUACAUGUUGGUGGAAUUUGCAGUUGGACAGCUACCAUGGCGGAAAAUCAAGGACAAGGAGCAAGUUGGGCAGAUUAAAGAGCGAUAUGACCAUAGGAUGUUGCUGAAACACAUGCCGUCAGAGUUUCAAAUCUUCCUCGACCAUGUAUUGGGCCUGGACUACUACACCAAGCCGGAUUAUCAGCUGCUGAUGUCGGUGUUUGACAACAGCAUGAAGGAGCGCAUCAUCACGGAAAAUGAGCCGUUUGAUUGGGAGAAAGGAGGGACAGACUCCACACAGUCAACAAGCGCCUCCACCCAACCACAGCACAACACACGGCCCACCGUCGCCAUGGUGGGAGACCUAAACACCCCGGUGCCCGGAGACCUCCAGAGAGAGAACCAGGACGAGCACCUCAGCGACCAGGAGAACGCCCCUCCGGCCCUGCCUCCCAGUGGGAGCCGCCAGGGGGGCGAGGGCGGUGGCCAGACGCCCGCAAAGGGCGAGGGAUGGGAGGACACCGACUUCAACCGCAACAAACUCAGGAUCAGCCUGGGCAAGGGGGCCCAGGAGGGGGAUGAACCCAGCAGAGGGGCCUGUCCCAUGUCGCUGUGCCGAGCAGGAGGGGCCCCAGAGUCCCCCAGUGGCCAGGUGCGCUCCCUCCGUUACCGCCGCAUCAACAGCCCAGAGUCAGACCGCAUGUCGGCUGCUGAUGGGAGGGCCGUCGACGGCUAUGGCCAAAGUAUCAGGUCCCGCAUGGACAUCCUGGGCUCGCCCUCGCGCCACAUGUACUCGUCCCAACCAGCCAUGAUGCUGUCUGUGGACGACGGCCUGCAGCGCGGGCGGCACGGCGAGGGCUCGGUGGCGUCCGUGGACCAGGAAGCCCACAGCAAUGCCUUUAUCAGAUCGGUGCCGCUAGCCGAGGAGGAAGACUUUGAUAGCAAGGAGUGGGUGAUCAUUGACAAGGAGACGGAGCUGAGAGACUUCCAGCCCACCACGUCGGGCACCACCGAUGAGGAGCCUGAGGAGCUGAGGCCCCUGGAGGAGGGAGAGGAGAGGAGGAAGCUGCGGGGAGGAGGGGCGGAGAUGGUGGUGCGGCCCAAGACGACCCACACAACCAACAGCAGCCGGGGCAUGCUCACGCUCACAGAGGAGGAAGCCUCCAGACGAAGUGGGGGAAGCCCCGCCAUGUCGCCCUGUCAUUCACUCCCGUCAGGCCGUCCUAUCGGACCCCAAACACCGAUGAUCAUGUCUCUGACUGAGCACACUGGCCUAUAUCAGCCCUGUCCAGACUUCAGGACCAAGGGCCAGAUGGAUGAGAAGGAGUAUUUCCACAUCCUUCCCCAACUCCAGGUCAAGAGGGCCGACUUCCUCACUGUCAUGCUGACCGGCACCCUUCCUCAGAAGCGAACCUUCCCAGCAGCUCUGUCGGCAGAGAACGAGGUCCAGGAGCCCCAGAGCCCGCGGGACGAUGAUGUGUCCAAGAGUGAGUCAAACAGCGAGGCCAGCCAAAAAAGCACAGAGAGGAGCCAGGAUGGGGCCCCUGACACCCUCAUGGCCGGCCCCCGGGAACCCGCCUCAGCCGCAGAUGCUGACCCUGAAUUUGAGGACGGCUCCAAGACCCUGGUUCUGUUCUCGCCGGGGGAUACCCAGAAGUCUCCAUCCACUGGGGGAGAACACGUCCUGCUCGAGGUUGACUUCGGGACACCGUCUGCCUCUACCCCUAGGAACGAUAUGCCUCUGGUGGGUGCGCGCAGCCAGCCAGAGCUCUCCUUCACACUGAGGUCGGACUUGAGGCCAUCCACCCCUAUUGCCCCCGUAUCUCCCCCCUUCACCAAAGUUGAGCUCACCUUUGUCCACAUCUCCGAGACUUCCCACUUUAACAUCAUGUCUUCCAGAGGUCAAACCGCAAAGGAGAGCAGCGACCACUGCGACAUCUCAGCCGUUACCCAGGAGGCCUUACCAUGGGAAGGAGACACCCGUGAACAGACCGGACAUGUCGAAAAAGGUGAGGAAUCCCAGAGUCCUUCCAGAGAGCCCCAAGCCCAUUCUAUCCCAGACGUGACCCUGGAGAAUGGUGUCACGCGCACCAAACCGGACGACCGCCCACCGCUGGUCUUCGUCAAGUCGUUGGAGCCUGUCCCGGAAGCCAUGUUGCCCAUUCUGGAACACAAAACUCUCUCUGUAGAUUCCAACAAGGGGCCAUUGUCUACCGAAGGUAUUGCCAACGCUGAACUACCGCAUACCACCCUCAGGCGGAGGAUCAAAAGCCGCAUCCCGGUUCUACUGUCUGAAGAGGGCACAGGCUCGGAGCAUUCAGCCUCGCUCUCUGCCCGGGCGCAACUACAGAAGAGAGCCCGGAAACUGGACCUGGCACGCCUGGUGGUGCAGAAGCAGCAGGGCCGCUGGAUGAGGCUGCCCUCGGGGACAUCCUCCUCGCUGUCCUCCGGCGACGGGAGGGCCUCCGAGACGCUCUCCACUACCGGCUCGGAGGAAGACACCCAUGCCUCGGACGAGUCUCUGGCCAGGAGGAGGUCCUGUCUGAAGGCCAGGGCAGGGGCUGGAGGGGACCAGGGCCAGACGGACUGGCACAGCAGGAUCCCUAGGCCCGUCACCCCCAUCAAGAGGCCCUCAGGGUGGCUGCUGGCCUCCGUGUCUUCUCCUCUCGCUCUGCCAGGAUCGGGCAUUUGUAGAGAUGCAUCCACCUUUUGUAAUGGGCUCCAAGUUCAGAAAAUAGGACUAAGCACUCUCCAAACCCAGAGGUCUAAACCUCUGCAGACCGGCUCCUCUUCUUCCUCCUGUCCAAGGCCCUGUCCUGUCCCCGCCCAGCCCUGCGGCAGCCCCCGAAUGCCCCUGCGCUGCGUUUUCGUGACCCAACGCAGCUUAAGCACCUCCCACUGCAGGUCAGACAGCCUCUCCCCCCAGCGUCUCCAUCCAACUAGACAGUCCCUCUCUGUCCGGCCCACAACUGCCCCUCCCCUCCAGCCCAGGGCUAAUACUACUACUACUACUACCAGCAUAAAACGGGCCAACUCACAGGACACCUUUACCCAGGUGUCCACCGCUAUGCCUGCCAGAAUCCGAGCCAAAUCCACGGGCCCUGCCAAAGCAAAACAAAGCACAGGGGACAAGAUGGCUGCCGCGAGAUAGUAAACAGAUUCACUGGGAAGAAAUGCAUAUGCUUCUCUGUUGUCCUUAGAAAGACUCAAUGCUUCAAAAAGUUCCAGCCCGGACCCAAAUUAAGACUGACGCGGUUUCCCAUCUUUUUUUACCUACUUUGAUCCAAACCAUGUAUAGUGGGGCAAAAAAGUAUUUAGUCAGCCACCAAUUGUGCAAGUUCUCCCACUUAAAAAGAUGAGAGGCCUGUAAUUUUCAUCAUAGGUACACUUCAACUAUGACAGACAAAAUGAGGGGGAUAAGAAUCCAGAAGUUGUAAUCUUUCUCAUUUACAUUUACAUUUAAGUCAUUUAGCAGACGCUCUUAUCCAGAGCGACUUACAAAUUGGUGCAUUCACCUUAUGACAUCCAGUGGAACAGCCACUUUACAA